AUGAAUAGAAAUUUAAGAAGCAAUCGCGCCAAAAAAGAAUAGAUUUUAAAAAAAGACUAAGUUAUAUUGUGUAAAGUUGAAACAGAAUUCACGUUAUACAAACUACUUUAGGAUUGGAAUGAGAAUGAAGAAGAAUUUCACGUAACCGAAUUGGUGCCAUUUGAAAAGAAAAAGAAAAAUAAAUAAUAAUAUAAAUGUAAUGGAUACACAACAAUUCCAUCGCAGACUAAAUGGUAAAUAUUACAUAUAUUUUAGGGUUGAUAUUGAGGGAAUAUCAGUCAUUCAUUCAGAUGAAACUAUUUAUGUAGUAGACAUGGAAAUAUAUAAAUAAAGUCAGAGAAGUUUAAUUAAGGAUUUGAAAUAGAAGGUCAAGUAAUCAUAGAAAAAAUAUGAUGAUGAUGAGGAUGAGGAUAAUGAUAGACCAAUUAAAAAAAAACCCAGAAAAUCAGCCUAAUAAAAAACUCAAGUAGAAACACAAUUUAGCUAAUAUGAAGAAGAAUCAAGUGAACAAAGCUCAUCUGCUGAAGCUGAGCCUGUCCCAAAAAAAUAAAGAUAAUCAAGAAAAACUGAAGAAAAAGAGAAGAAAAAGGGAAAAAAGAGAAAAAGAAAAUUGAAUGAAAAUCUUAAAAAUCUGAAGAGUUUUAGUACACAAUUUGAAGGAACUGAAGAUAAUUUUAUUGAUUACGAUAGCACAAGAAUGAAUAAUAAAGAAAUCAUAAGAGCAGCAAUUACAGGGAAUAAGGCUCUGUUGGAAGAAAUUUUAUUUGGAGACCACAGAAUUUCUAAUUUGUAUGAUAGAUGGGGACCAGAAUAUGAUAUUUCAAUAUUGGAUAUCCUAUUUAGAAGAUAAGAUAAACAACUAUUGACGCAUUUUCUAUAAAAUUAAUUGAAAAGAGGAAUUAAAUAUUAUUCAGAUUUACCUUGCUAACUAAAAGAAAUAGACACUGGCUAUAAUAAUAGACAAGCUUAUGGUGUAAAAUUAAGAAAGGUUGCUCUUGGUAGAGGAAAUAGAGAAGGAAACAAUGCAUUUGUUUAUGAUCUAAAUUAUCAAUAUGAUUCUAAUUAAGAAAGUAGACGGUUAUUACAGAUUGAAACAAAUUGUGAAAUGUAUGAAUAAUUAUUCAUUUAUCUAAAAUCAUCAAAAUAUGAUCACUAUUUAAUUGAGAAUGUUGCUUUUGCAGUUAGAUGUGGUAAUAUUAAGUCUGCUAAAUUCUUGAUCAAAUACGCAUUAACAAACAAUCUCGAUGGUUAUGGAUUUAAUUAUUUGCAUCAUGAUGCUUUAGACGAUAACUUCAGCACCUAUAAAUUAGAUUAAAUAAAAAAGAUAUCCAUUACAAAGAAAACGUAGAAUGAAUUUCUAAUCACUCCAAUUCAUUGUGCAUGUAUAAAUCCAUCCGAAUAGUUCCUAAAGUAUUUUAUGGAGUAGACGAUGGAAUACAAUAUCUAAGAUGAAAAUGGUAGUAAACCUGUUCAUUAUGCUGCUGUCUCCUAAACCUCAAAUUGCUUAGAAUAUUUGUUGGCAAAUGGUGUGGAUUCAAGAGAAGGUAAUAAAUUUUUGGAAACUCCUUUAAUGCUAGCAGCCAAAUUUGGUCGUUCCCAUAACGUUAAAUUAUUAGUAAAUACUAAUUUGAAGGCAAAAAAUAAGGAGGGUAAUUCUGCAAUUCAUUUUGCUAGUUAAAAUGGUCAUGUUGAAUGUGUAAAAUUAUUAAUUGAAAAUGGAUUGUUGAUUAAUUUUGCAGGAAAAAACAGAAUGACAGCUUUGCAUUACGCGGCAGCAUAUAAUCAUUUAGAAUUAGUUGAAUAUUUGUUAGAUGAAGGGGCAAGAAUCAAUGCUAAGGAUAAAUUUGGAAGAACACCAUUAAUUAUGGCUGCUAGAAAUGGAAAUUUGGCCAUUUUGUCUAAAUUGCUUUAUUAUGGGGCAGACUUUAAAAUUAGUGAUUCAUCAAAAAAUAGUGCCAUUCAUCAUGCUGCUGCAUAUGGUUUUUUAGAUUGUAUUUAAACUUUGAUUGAGGCUGGAGCUGAUUAGAAUGAAUUCAACUCUUGGAAAUUGAAACCUUUGAAUGUAGCUUAAGCUAAAAAUCAUAUAGGUAUUGUUAAAGCAUUGUUGAAAUAUGAAAGCACAGAUGUAAAUUGUAUUGAUGAUGAUGGCUUAACUUUAGUCGCAGGACUAAUCAAGUAAUUUAAUUAAACAGUUGAAUAAUUUGAAUUCAUUAAGUACGUAAUCUAAGAAAAAAAAGCUGAUAUCAAUAUACAAGAUAAAUUCGGUAAAACAUGUCUAUAACAUGCCUUAUCACUCACAUUCUCAGACUAAUUAAUUGACCUCAUCCAACUAUUGAUAGAUCAUGGAGCAGAUAUUAAUAGUUAAGAUAAGGAUGGCAGAUCUAGCUUGUUACAUGCCAUUAAUGGUUAAUAAUCAGAAAUAUAAAAUAAAUUAAUCAAAUUACUGAUUGCAAAUGGAGCUAAUAUUAACUCUUAGGAAAAAGAAAAUGGAUUAACCCCAUUUUCAUUAUUGUUGUCUAAAAAGAAUUACAAACUCUGCCUUGAACUAAUUGAAGAGAACUAGAUUGAGUUAGAUAUAGUAAAUAGAGAAAAUAAAACAUUAUUACACAUUAUGAUAGAAAAUCAGUACUUUUAUGAAGACCUUGGAAUUUAACUAUUCUAAAUAAUUUUAGAUAAGAUAAAUCCAUCUCUACUUCACUAAUCUGAUAUUCAAGGAUUUGNUCAUUGUGCAUGUAUAAAUCCAUCCGAAUAGUUCCUAAAGUAUUUUAUGGAGUAGACGAUGGAAUACAAUAUCUAAGAUGAAAAUGGUAGUAAACCUGUUCAUUAUGCUGCUGUCUCCUAAACCUCAAAUUGCUUAGAAUAUUUGUUGGCAAAUGGUGUGGAUUCAAGAGAAGGUAAUAAAUUUUUGGAAACUCCUUUAAUGCUAGCAGCCAAAUUUGGUCGUUCCCAUAACGUUAAAUUAUUAGUAAAUACUAAUUUGAAGGCAAAAAAUAAGGAGGGUAAUUCUGCAAUUCAUUUUGCUAGUUAAAAUGGUCAUGUUGAAUGUGUAAAAUUAUUAAUUGAAAAUGGAUUGUUGAUUAAUUUUGCAGGAAAAAACAGAAUGACAGCUUUGCAUUACGCGGCAGCAUAUAAUCAUUUAGAAUUAGUUGAAUAUUUGUUAGAUGAAGGGGCAAGAAUCAAUGCUAAGGAUAAAUUUGGAAGAACACCAUUAAUUAUGGCUGCUAGAAAUGGAAAUUUGGCCAUUUUGUCUAAAUUGCUUUAUUAUGGGGCAGACUUUAAAAUUAGUGAUUCAUCAAAAAAUAGUGCCAUUCAUCAUGCUGCUGCAUAUGGUUUUUUAGAUUGUAUUUAAACUUUGAUUGAGGCUGGAGCUGAUUAGAAUGAAUUCAACUCUUGGAAAUUGAAACCUUUGAAUGUAGCUUAAGCUAAAAAUCAUAUAGGUAUUGUUAAAGCAUUGUUGAAAUAUGAAAGCACAGAUGUAAAUUGUAUUGAUGAUGAUGGCUUAACUUUAGUCGCAGGACUAAUCAAGUAAUUUAAUUAAACAGUUGAAUAAUUUGAAUUCAUUAAGUACGUAAUCUAAGAAAAAAAAGCUGAUAUCAAUAUACAAGAUAAAUUCGGUAAAACAUGUCUAUAACAUGCCUUAUCACUCACAUUCUCAGACUAAUUAAUUGACCUCAUCCAACUAUUGAUAGAUCAUGGAGCAGAUAUUAAUAGUUAAGAUAAGGAUGGCAGAUCUAGCUUGUUACAUGCCAUUAAUGGUUAAUAAUCAGAAAUAUAAAAUAAAUUAAUCAAAUUACUGAUUGCAAAUGGAGCUAAUAUUAACUCUUAGGAAAAAGAAAAUGGAUUAACCCCAUUUUCAUUAUUGUUGUCUAAAAAGAAUUACAAACUCUGCCUUGAACUAAUUGAAGAGAACUAGAUUGAGUUAGAUAUAGUAAAUAGAGAAAAUAAAACAUUAUUACACAUUAUGAUAGAAAAUCAGUACUUUUAUGAAGACCUUGGAAUUUAACUAUUCUAAAUAAUUUUAGAUAAGAUAAAUCCAUCUCUACUUCACUAAUCUGAUAUUCAAGGAUUUGUACCUCAUUUAAAGAUCAUUUAGAUUUUUGUUACUUCAAUUGCAUCAAAAAUUUAAUAAGAGUUCUUAUCCAAUAUUAAUCAAGCCAAGAAGGAAAUAUGGCAAGACAUUGUAAAUGAGUAUGAAUAGAAGUUUUAAGAAGAAUAAUUAUAAGAAGUUCAGCAACCACUUAAAAAAUUUGAAUAGAGAUUAUCUGAAUAAAUUACCUAAGAAUCUAUAUUGAUGCCUAAUAACUAAGAGUAAGAAUUACAAAAUUUAUUUAAGAAUUAAAUUAAUGCAUCAGGAGGUUUUUUUCAGAACUAAUAAACUCUGAGUUAAAUUCCAUAAGUUUAAUAAUAAACAUUAAAUAUUCCAACGAAUAAUAUGGCUCAAUAAAAUAAUUUAUUUGCUCCACCUUAAAAUCAACCAACUUUUGGAUUUGGUUAAUAGUAAUAACGAUAAAAUAUAUUUGCAUAACGCUCAUAAAAUUAAUUUCAAACAAAUUUUGGUUUUGGUAAUUCUAAUAAUCUAUUUCCUUCUAAUAAUAGGGGUUCCGUUUUUUAAAAUCAGAGUAACAAUUUCGGAAUUUCGAAUAACAAUUUUGGAUUUUCGAAUAACAAUUUUGGAACUUGGAACUAAAAUUACAAUAACAAUCAAGGCUAUUCAAACUAGAUUUAAACACCUAAGGAGAAAUUUUAGGAUGAUAUACGUAAGAGACUAUAAAAUGCGGAUUGCAAGCUUCAUUCAGAAUGGUUUUAUCAUGAUAAACUUUAGGUUUCUGUAGGAAUAUCAACUAAGAAAUUGAAUCAAAUAGAAAUGAAAAGAAUUGAGGAUGGUUAUUACUACUAAAAUUUUAUUUUUAAAUAAUUAAAGCUUCUCAUUUAAAAAGGAGCCAAUAUAAAUUAGAAUGUAAUGAUGCAGUAAAUUUAUAAUUAAGAUUCAGCUUAAAGUAAGACCAAUAUAUUCCAUUUGGUUUUCGAGUCAUUUCCAAGUAUCUCCUUUGUCAAAGAAUUGUUAUAAAUAUUUCCAAAUGAGAUGGUUACACAAAGGGAUCAAUUUGGUACUCCUUUGCAUUAUUUCUUUAAAAGCUUUAACCCUGGACUGGUAAUGUUGCAUAGACAUGAUGAAACAUCAUAUUCCUUUUUAGAUUAUAUGAUAAAGUUGGGCUUAGACUUUAAUGAAAAGAAUUCUCAAGGAAAUACUCCAACCUUGAUGAUAGCACUAAAAUAUAAUCAAACAUGGCAUCAACUUUUAGUCAAACUAGUAAGUUUAGGUGGUUAAAUAAAUGAUGUUAAUAAUUCGAAUUAAGUGCCUCUACAUUAAUUUGUAGAGAAAACAGAAUUACAGACUGUAAAGAUUUUCUUGUCAGAAUUCAAAGUAAAUCCAAACUAUUAAGAUCAAAAAGGAAGGACGGCACUACAUUUUGCUAUAAAUUUCAGUAAUCCUAAUGCGAAUGCAAGUUUUUAGAUGGAAUAAUAGUUGAUAAAAUUUGGAGCUAAAUGUGAUAUAAAAGAUAUCUAUGGUAGAACUCCAUUAUUUUAUUCCUUCACUAAAUUUAAUGAUCCUACUUCAACAAAGGAGAUAGAUCCAUUUGAAUCGGUCUCCUCUUUAUUAGCGUAUAAAGAAUGCGAUGUUAAUGUAUUGGAUAGAUAUUAAAGAUCCCCAUUGCAUUAUGCAGCCUUAAGAGGAAGUGCAAUUUCAGGUAGAUACAUGAUAAAGAUGGGAGCAGCUGUUGACACACCUGAUAUUUAUAAGAAUACUCCAAUAGCCUAUUCGUUCUUUUUGCAUGCCAAUUUCAGUACAAUGUUGAUUGACAAUAAGGUUGAUGUCAAUAAGGUUAUCAACAUAGUUAGUCUAAGUGAUUUAAGAUCAGAAAAAGAGAAGAUGUACAGGGAAGAAAUAAAAAAUGAUCCUGAAAUUGAUAUAUUGAUGAUCAUUGAGGAUGAGAGUGAAAGAGCAAAAUAAGCUGCUUAAAAUUAAUAGCUAUAAGACUAAAUGGACGAUGAGUCAGACGACGAUUAUUAAGAAGAUGAUGAAGGUUUAGAGGAAGACUCCUGUGAGGAUAGUUCAGAGAAGAAUGUAUUUUAUUCUCGUAAAAGAGACAAAUAGAAAUAAUAAUAAUAAUAAAAGGUAAUUCCUUAAUUUGAGAGAAGUUAAGCUGAUAAAAUAUCUUAAAGAGAGAGAUUGAUAUUAUAAAAAAUACAACAAAAGCUUAGUUAGGAUUUAGAUCUCCCAUAACAUCUACAUAAUAAUUUGUCAACUGGAGAAUAUAGUUAUUUCUCUCAAGCAAUUAGAUUUGGAUGGCAAGGUGUCGCUUACUUAUUAAUUAGUGAUGGAUAUGAAUUUGUAAAUGCAAUUCAAGAUGCCAUUAAUGCAAAUUAAUUUUAAUUAGUGCUCACUCUCUUAAUGAAAGUAAAGAAUGAAAAAGAUUUAUCGAAAUUAAAUUCCAAUGGGUAAAAUUUAUUUCAUUUAUUUGCAAUUUAUUCAGCUCAAGUUCCUGCAGACCUGAAAUCUGAAAUAAUAGAAUAAUUUGAAUAAAAAAACAUCAGUCCCUAUGUUUAAGAUAUCUAUCAGAAAUUACCCCUACAUUAUGCAAUCUCAAAGAAUAAUAAUUCAUUAGUUGAAUAUUUCCUAUAUAAUAGAAAAUGUGAUCCUAAUUUGAUGGACAAUACAGAAAAUAAUGCUUUCACUUUACUUUUCCAAAGAGACUAAAAUUAUAAUUUUGAUAGGAUGCUGCAACUAGGUUUGAAUGCUAACGUUAAAUUCAAAAUUUUGAACACAAAUACUUACAUUAAACCCUUCAUGUAUUUAGUUGAUCACUUAAAGAUUUAUGACACUUAGAAACUCUAAAGAUUUGUGAAUUAUGGAAUUGACAUUAAUGAAUAGAAUCAUCAAGGUUAAACAGCAUUGAAUAUUGCUAUUAAAAAUAACAAUUUAGAAUUUGUGAAAUUUUUGAUUCAGCAGCCCUCAUUUAAUACUUAGCUUUAAAUGCGUGAUAAUGAGGGGAAAAAUCCUAUUCAUCACGUUGUCUUGCCAUUAGAUUUCGGUUCCUAUGAAAAUGUUGAAAUGUUGAAAAUUUUAAUGAAAAUGUUUGAUUACAACCUUCUAGAUAAUAAUGGAUUGACUCCACUAGAUUACGCUUUAAUAUUUGAUGCUCAACUCAUGAAGGAUGAACUCUUAGCUAAUAAUGCUCAUCACACUAGAAGUUUGAGAUAACAAAGAAUGGCUACUUCUGUAAUUGCCACAGCACUAUGGCCAGAUCAAGAAGUAGAUUUUGAAGAAGAUGCUCUAAAAUUCUUAGAAAAAAAGAAUAUUUAAAUAGAAGCUGAAAUUGAUAAUAAAUGCAUUGUGGAUAAGUAAGCCAAAAUUGCUAAGGGUGAUUUGAGAGUUUAUGAUGAUCCAGAUUAUGGCCUAUGGUAAUGUUUGCUCUCUAAAGUUGAUAUUGUGAAUAGAAACUUUCAUAAAAAUGUUUUCUAUAAGAUGCAAAUCUUAUUUGAUAAAAAUAGAAACAAUUAUAUCUUAUUCACAAAAUGGGGUCAAAUAGGUGAAGAAGGCCAAUUCUAAAUGACUCCCUUUGAAAAUUUGGAAGCUACAAUUAAGGAAUUCUGUAAAAUAUUUGCUGCCAAAACAGGUGGCAAUAACUGGAAAUUGAUUAAGUCAGGAGAAGAAGAAUUCGAUAAAAAGCCAGAAAAGUAUCAGCUUAUUAAGUGUUAAAAUAACAAGAACUACAAAUCUCUAUUAGAACCUUUUGAUUUAAGCGAGUAAUCACCAUAUCCUAAAUGCAAGUUAGAUACUAGCAUUUACAAAGUUAUUGAACAAUUCUCCUAGGUUAAAUUAUAUCAAUAGGAAUUAUCAAUCCAUCAAUUUGAUACAGGAUUUGUGCCUAUUGAGAAGUUAGACAAAAAUACUAUACUAAAAGCUAAAGAAAUAUUAUUAGAACUUAAAGAAACAGUUUUAGAAGUCAAUCUCUAUAUGAAUUAAAUAGAUGUCGAUCUAAAGAGAUUGUAAUAAUAUUAUUCAGAAAUUAAUGACAAAUCUGCUAGAUAUUAUGAAUUAAUUCCAAACGUUUAAAUGAGAUAAAAUCUCUUACCAUUGUUGGAAACUGAAGAAAUAAUCAAUCAACAAUUACAAUUUUUAGAAUUACUUCUAAACGUUGAACAAUCUAUUAAGAUAUUACUUGGAGCAAAUUACAAUUUAAAUUCUAUUCAUCCUAUAACUUAUUGUUUUAAUGCUUUGAAUAUUAAAAUGCUGACUUUAAAUACGUAAGAUCUAGAAUAUAAAAUGAUACAAACAUACAUCUAUAGAACUUAAGGUGUUAGAAUUGCAAAUAUCUUUGCUAUUGAAAGGAAAGGAGAGGCGUAGAAAUUUGACAAAUUUAACCAAGAACCUAGAAUUCUUUUAUGGCAUGGUUCCAAGAUUUCCAAUUUCAUGAGUUUACUAGCUUUAGGAUUAAAAAGUAAUUAAUAUUUAGACUAUUAUAGUUGCACCUUCCUGGGCAGUUAAUACAGGGGCAAUGUUCGGAAAAGGUAUCUAUUUUGCAGAUCAAUUCUCUAAGAGCUAUAAUUACACUUAAGAUUAUACAAUCAAUAAUAGUUACGGAUAUAAUUCGUUUCAUCGAAACCAAAAUAAUGCUAAUUAGUACCAAACAUAUCGAUAUUUAUUAUUAUGUGAAGUGAGUUGCAUGAAUUAAAUUGACGUAUAUAAUAACCCUGUUCAAAAUUGUCUUGAAUUUUAAAGUAAGAAUUCAUUUAUAUUUAUAAGAACCUGAGUAUACUUUGAAGGCUGUUGGCUCCAGAGGUCCUGAUCCAAUGUCUUAAAUUAAAAUGCCUAAUGGAUGCAUAGUUCCGAUUGGAUAAAUUGUUUCUAAUUCAAUCCCUCAUUAAUUACAAUAGAUGACUAAGAAUAUAAGUUUUUACACUCAAAAUUCAGAAUAUAUUGUCUAUGAUGAAAGCAGAGUAAAGAUGAGAUAUUUGGUGCAAAUUUAUUAAUGA